AUGCUCACCUACAGGCCGAGAGCCCGCGAAGAAUGGAGUAUCCAAGUCUAUGAUACGCAUGUCACGGAGAUUCCUCCACAAAAGAUGAUAAAUCUCCUCUUCGCAGGAGUCGAACACCAAUACAAGAGCGGGCCCGAACAAACAAAGUUUAUAGAGCGCUUGGACGCGAUUAGUCAAUGCAUAUGGGAGGAUUUGCGAAAGGAUUCCGGUAAUCUCAUCACCUUUAAAGGCUUUGUUGCUAUCCGCAAAAGUGCAAUUCCUUCUAUACCGAUCCUAUCCAACACGCCCAUAUCGCCGGAUCAAUCCAAUUCGCCUGCGAAAUCUGAUCAAACUGAUACUUCCACGUCAUCGGAUCAGCCCGACACUCUGACAAUUGAUGUUCCAUGGUCUCAAUUGGAGGCAGUCGAGGAAGAUUACUCUAAAGGCAAAGCCAUUGGAGAAUCUGAGAUUCAAGAAGCGGCUUAUGUUAUGUAUCAUCUCCAAGCCCGACCUGAUCUGAUAGCCACAGCCGGGCUGUGGGUACGCCACAACGAGGAAUAUAAUGUCCUCUUUGUUGACGCAUGCAACGUUUAUCCCUCUCUGCGUGUGAUGUAUACGGAGGAGGUUUGCGAAAAGCUUCUAUACGCAUUCGUCUGGUCGCUCUAUCACCCUCUCCUCGACACGUCAAUCACCCUGAAUACGACGAAUGAUAAAACCACGUUCAGCAUCACACUUUCUGACGGCGCUCGCUACGACAACCUUGAGCUUGAGUUUACUGGCUCAGUGCCUGACGACGAACCACGAUCUUCUUCAAGCCGGAUGAACCUUGCAUGUGAUCUGUCGUUCUCGGAGAUCAUCCUCAACCCUGGGUCGGAAUCCACUCGGACAUGCUUAUUGUUGGCCGAUUUUGAGUUUGCUGAGGACAAACAGUAUGGAGAGGAUCAGUCAAGAACCUUGGCACCCCGCACGGGAACGCCCAUAUUUAUGGCACGCAUGCUUCGCAACAAGAUCUACUCUGCUGGUCUCUUCCGGCUUCUCCUAUGCCGACUGUCGAUUCCAGCCUACAUCAGCUCUACCAACAAAGAUAUCCAUGGCGCAUUGAAACCUUCUCCAACGACAACCAAAAAGUGCAAGAACCGAGGGAAAUAA